AUUAGCGCCCUUUCAAUCUUAUUAUUUUUAUUGCAGUGCUUUUUAAGAUAAAAAUAAGCUGCAUAUCGCAUCAUAACGACACCGGAAAAUCUCUAAAAAAAAAAAGAACAAAAGUUUCCUUCCAAAACUAUGGUUCCUCGUCAGUUGGCAGUUGUUCUUGGGUUUGUUCUAUUCGCCAUCGUCGGCGUAGUCUCGGCAAGUACUAAUGCCGUCAGUCCAAUUACGGAUCCAGUAGUCGAGGCACCCGAUAACAAUAUUGUUGGCCCCACUGAUGGCGAAUCCUUUGGGGCUGCACCAGCUGGAGGGCCAGUUUCUGAGGGAACUUUUGCCCCUCUCAGCCCUGCUGAGGCACCAAAAAGUGGAUCAGUCACCCUUGGAGCCUCCUCUACCUAUGUAGCUGGUCUUGUUGCCUCCGCCAUGUUGGGUUCUUUUUUCUUCUAAAUUUCUCUUGCAUGGAUGUAUGGCUGCCACUCUUAUAUGAUGAUUAUAUAUAGAAAUGCAAUAAAAUAGAGCAUUUUGUCCUUUCUGAUGUAAGAAGAAUUUAUUCUAUGUUAUUGCUAAUAAGUUUUUUGGUGAGUUCUUUUGAUGACUAACACAAAGGAAAAAAAAUGCAGAAUCAAUAUUAAUUAACAGACAUAAUGUUUACUUCCAUUCGCGUUCAUAGAUUUCUUUUUCCCGGUUUAUACUGAAGAGUAGAAAAUCAAGAAGAAAAUUGAAAAUGAG